UUUUUUGGUUUUUUUCUUUUUUUUUCUUUUCAUCCGGCGAGAAACUCCUGGGUUUGAGAUACCCCGUCGUGCUGCGUCCUGCAUCCAUCCUGUCCUGCCACGAGAACAAGCUGACCGGGGAGAAACUCGUACCUAUAUUGCGUAUUACGAGACCAGCACUUACCCAUUCAUGGUUCUUUGCUACACAGUAUUUUUCGCCGGUUUCGAAUUUAGAAGAAUUGAGAAUCACGAUUAGCACCCACCCCCCCUGCGCCACUUUGUUAUUCUUCACCGGCCGACGACGGUGAAUGUGACGUACAGCGGCGUACAGCGAAUCUUUAGGUAACCGGCAGUUUUGAUACGCGCACACGCGCACACAUGCACACACCCUGGUGUCAGCAUCAUUGUCGUUAGCUAAGAAAUGAGACCGGGUCACUAGAUAGAGAGCCCAUGAUGGAUAGAACUGCUGUUUCCGUGGUCCAGCCCGUUCCCACACAUGUAAACUCCUCUUCAGUCCACCGUUCGACCUCUACCGGAUUUACGCCAAUUGACCAGACGUCAUGGAAACCUGGGAAACCUAGGAAACGGUCUCGGAUCACAUCCUCCCCUUCUCCAGCCAACUAUAACCCCAGUCCUCCUCCCCCUUCUUCACGGGAUAGGAAAAUCAAUAACUCUAAGGAAUAUGGGUCCAAGCCGUCGCCAUCAUCGCUGACUAACCAGUCAUCCAAGAGACGAAGAACAGCUGCCGGUGUUGUGACUUCAGUUGCCGCCGCCAUCACCGCAACAUCGGAUGAUCCUAGGCACCAUCCUUCAAAGACUAACUGGGGCUAUCCAAUUCCGUCGGGGCAUUUUAAGUACGGUGUAGAACCCGUCGUGUCAGAUGCAACGGGGGAUCACCUCAGCCUGUCCCCUACUACCCUCAAACAGGAGCAAGGUCCGGAAAGGUAUGACUGGCCUGACAACAAUUUAGCCCAGUUGACCUCAAGUUGCAGCGGCCUGCCCUCAGUAUCCUCCCCAUCACUUCAUUAUCUAACUACGGAAGAACCUACAUCGUACUGGAAUAUUCCGGGCAGUUAUUUAGUAGAUUGCUCAGGUUUACCGACGCCUAGCUCUCCUGUCUAUUCUUUCCACCCCUCUUGGAACCCGGUGAAGGAGUCAGACAUGCUCCUCGCAUAUCGACUCCGUAUUGCCACUGGCUCCUCUAUCCCGGAGCGACGGCCACCCGAGCCCAGCCCCUUACUCUCGGAGGGGCGUGAUGAAAAGACUCCAAGCGAGCCUAUAGAUGAAGGGUGGAUAGAUUUGGGGUCGUCGCUAGAGAAGGACAGUGAUAGCCAUCAUGACGGUUCCCCACAGGAUUCUGACCUCUCAGGUAAAAGCACUCCCAUACUUGAGGAGGAAGAAUUGUGGGAAAGUGUUGAAGACGACGUUACGAUUGAUGGAAAUAGCCCAGAGUCUCACGCCGAGAGGCGUUCUCAGUCACACCUGAGUGAUCAAAACCGUAAGGAGACGGGAAACACCCGAAAAUUAAAGGCCUGCAUUCGAUGUCGUAUGCAGAAAAUAAGAUGUAAAGCAGAUCCGAAAGACCCGCGAGGAGUUGAUUGCUUAACCUGUCGUAACAUCAAAUUGGAUUCUAAGAAGGUGAUCCAUAGACUUCCGUGUCUGCGAUGGAAGCUUGCCGAAGUCGCCCUUUUCCGCGAAGGUGGUCUUGAUUUAACGAAACGAUGGAGUGGGACCAAAAUGAAAGAUCUUGGGCCGCGAGACUGGGUUACCAGCAACGAUGUCCGCGAAAUUCAUAUGGUUAUGGGAAGCCGCCACCCGAUGGUGUUGAAGGUCAAGAAGUUCACGCCUAUCGAAGGGGAUGUGACUUGUAAAUACUGGGUUGAUAAGAAGGGGGACAAACAAAAAAUCGAUAUCGAACCUUAUGCCCUCGCAAGCAUCUGGGAAACUGCUAAAAGAUACGAGGAAUAUAUAUAUGAUUAUGCGCACCCGGCUGUACGAGAGUACGCUGAAGAUGGCCAGGUCGAUGGCUUGGUGCGAAGGACUUACCGGGCAGCGAUCGAAUAUGCUCAGAGGUGCAAGAAUACCUCGGUUGAUACGAGAUCAGAGACCAUAAUAAAUGCGGUUCUACUCGAACAAUACUUUUACUUAUGGUUUGCAACCAGAAAUACUCUGAGAUCAGCAUUCAUCGUGGGAGAAGAAACGCUGGGUAUGAAGGCAAUAGAUAACGCCGAGUGUCCGUACUGUGGAACGAUACCAAUACCGCGGAUGAUCCCGGCGCAGUUUGACUCCCUCGGAAAUCGGAUACUUGUACGAUUAAGAAAGCUUGUGCUCGAGAGCUUAUGGAAAGUAAUGGCGGGCAAGAAUCCGCACCAUUUUUACUUUGUUUACCUGAUCGUUUUCAUGCUUCUCCACGAAGUUUCGUUCACCUCUGCCGAUAGGCUACGCCGGGCUAAGGAUAAUAAGUAUACCGAAUACCGGUACGAUCUGGCGAAGUUUAUGGAAGGGCUCCAGGAGGGGGCGAAUAAUAUCCUAAGUCAUUGGCAUUACUAUAAACGAGAUGUCAAAACGUUGAUGACGGAAAUGGAAUCCGAGGAUAGGAAGAACGCGGUCUGGGGAACUUUGAAGCACGACGAGGCACAGCUAUUGAUCGAAACGCAUGAGGCCUAUGGAAAAGUGGCAGAGCAGGAGUUGGAGUGGGAGCACGACCUUUACUUCGUGUCGCAGAUGUUUGAAGAGAACUGGCAUCCACGUAAGACAUUUAGCCGGUAGAAAUGGGAAGGGAUGCACCUACACUUAUAUAUAUCAUCUUGGGGAUCGUAUUGCUGCGCUCUCGAAGGGGGACAAAUGUGACGAUAGUUGCUUGCCAGCAUACUUCGGCAUGGACUUGGCAGCUGGGAUUUCCACGAACCAUGAGUACUAUAUUGACUGCAUUCCUUGAAUGAGUUCGAAUAUAUUUCUCUUACGACUAAGAGAUAUAUUAUGUUUGUACAUGUUAAGAAGUAAAAUGUAGAAGAGAAGAUGGAAGGUUUAAACUAAAACGCGGUCUGCGGUUUGUACGCAAGGGGUAUGUGCGUGUAGCUAUGUACAUAGGUACCUCUUAAGAGCUAAGGUACAAUGCCAAGCCACAGAUCCGUAGU